UCCAGUCUUCAGAUCAAUCAUUGGAGAAUCAUUAAUGUAGCGUUUAUCGACGCAACUUUCUUAAAUCCCCUUUGAUUAUCUGAUAGACUCCAUUAAUUCUUCCCAAAAACCCAUUCCAAAUUUGACAUUCCAAAAAAUGGAAAUUGAAGCAAAUUCAAUUCAACAUUUUAAGCUAUGGAGCCAAUUGGAAUUACAUGAAUUUGCAGACAAAUUCGUUAUCCGUUCAACGGAAUCUCCAAUUGAAGGCUUCUCCGUUAACCGCUUCGAUGGAACCAUCCACAAGCUCAAUGGUAAUAUGAGCUUUGGAAAUCCUUCAAAAGUGUCUACUAUCUAUGGAGUCGCUGGUACAAUUAGGUUGUUGGCAGGAUCACAUAUAUUGUUAAUAACUUCCAGGAAGGAAGUAGGUAACUAUCUUGGUUUUCCUGUUUUUCGUGUGAUGUCCAUGAAGUUACUUUCAUGCAAUGAGGCCUCAACAUGUCUAACAAGUGAAGAAAAAAAAGAUGAAGCUUACUUCAUGAAUUUGUUGAGAGUAGUGGAAUCAACUCCAGGCUUGUAUUAUUCCUAUGAAACAGAUAUAACACUGAACUUGCAGAGAAGAUGCAAUUUGGCAAAAGGGUGGAUGAGUAAACCAGUUUGGAAGCAGGCUGAUCCGCGGUUUGUUUGGAACAAAAAUCUGUUGGAGGAACUGAUUGAAAAUAAGCUCGAUGGAUUCAUCAUUCCUCUUUUGCAAGGAAGCUUUCAGACUGGACAUCUUAAACUCAAAGAAUCACCAGCUACCAUAGCAUUGAUUUCAAGGAGAUGCACGCGACGCUUGGGGACACGAAUGUGGAGAAGAGGGGCUAAUCUAGAAGGAGACACUGCAAAUUUUAUUGAAACUGAGCAGUUGCUGGAGUUUGAAGGUUUCAGGUCUUCUUUUUUGCAAGUUCGAGGUUCUAUUCCACUCUUGUGGGAGCAAAUAGUUGAUUUGAGCUAUAAACCACGGCUUAAUAUUAUCUAUCAUGAGGAAACACCGAAAGUUGUGGAGCGCCACUUUCAUGAUCUUUUGCAAAGAUAUGGCGAUGUCAUUGCAGUUGACUUGACAAACAAGCUAGGUGAUGAGGGUCUAUUAAGUUCAGCUUAUGCAACAGAAACUCAAAAGCUAUCAAGUGUGAGAUAUGUGUCGUUUGACUUUCAUCACUGUUGUGGGGGCUCAAACUUUGAAAAAAUACAACUUCUGUAUGAUCAGAUCUCGGAGGAUUUUGAGAAGCACGGAUACUUCCUCAUAGACACAGAAGAGAAGAUACUAGCGGAGCAGAGAGGAGUUAUUAGAUCGAACUGCAUUGACUGCCUAGAUCGGACAAAUGUUACUCAGAGCUACCUGGCUCAGAAGUCUUUGAAUUCACAACUGCAAAGACUUGGUGCACUUUCGUCGAAUGAGUGCAUUUCUAUGUUCAGUGAAGAUUUUGAAAUCUUUAGGACUAUGUGGGUGGAUCAAGGUGAUGAAAUCAGCCUGGAAUAUUCUGGAACACAUGCUCUAAAGCGGGACCUUGUCAGAUAUGGAAAACAGACUAUGACAGGACUUAUACAAGAUGGGAUGAGUGCCCUUUCAAGAUACUUCUUGAACAAUUUUCAGGAUGGAGUUCGUCAGGAUGCGAUGGACCUUAUAAGUGGUCGCUAUAGUGUUAACAGGGGAAGCCCCUCCCGUGUCCAGCAUAAUGGAUUAGAAUCACUCAGUUAUCUACCUGUAGCAUCAGCUCUUUUAAUUGGAGGAUUGACCGUGACCACCAUCACGAUAAACCAAGCAGGACGAAAUACAAAUACCUAUUUGUCCUCUGUGCUCUGUGCUGGUGUAACUGCUGGAGUUAUGGCAAUUGUCAAAGCAAAUGGAAGGCAAAUCUGCUCAAGACCUCGAUUAUGUGGACUGCUGUAAGUUUGAGCAUCAUAUUAUAGUAGAUAUCCAGAACCAUGAGGCAUCUUUGCUCCAUGGACCUUGGCUGCUAUUGAAGCCUAAAUGGAACCAAGUCGUCAAAGAAUUUGGGAACUAGGAGGACGAAACUACGCCAGGAGCAACAUGCACUGUUGUAAAUUAUAAUGAAACAUCAGAAAACCUCUUAGCAAAUCGGAAACAUGACUGAUUAUCUAUAUUUUGCUUGUACUAAAUUUGACUUAAACAUGGCUGGAAGUUCAAUGUUCCCAUAAUGUUUACAUCCUGAUCACAGGAAUUGAUGAUCAUAUAUUUGCAUUGUGUCAAACAGUUGAAGCAAAGUAUGAAUAUCCAAACAUGGCAUACAAUUAGCUGUAA